CGUUGGAGUAAAUGAGGCUGCUCUGAUGAUAGUGUUUUGCCUGCCCAUAUAAUGUAUUUGGUAAAAAAAAAUCUGUCUUGAUUAGUUCAGCAUGGUAAUAAGUUUUUGUUCGUGGAACAAAAUUUUAGCCAUUAGACUUCUUUUCCUUGAUCGAAUUUUCAGAAAAUGAAUUUGGAUUCUGAAAAAAAUAUUUCAAAGACAAUUUCUCCAGCUACCUUUCAGCAUUUUUUAUGGAAAUUGUUUUCAGGUUUGAGAUAGAAGGAUUGAGGAUGUUCAUAGUUUGGUAGCUGCAGUCUAAUCUAAAGAAAAAAUGUCACUACAGACUGGAUUUAUGCAAAUUUUAUUAGUGUAAUCUGUUCUAAGAAAAGAGAGACAUUUCAUCAUAACAAAAAUGAACUGUCAGUAUUCUUUUCCCUUUUCUUUGUGGAUUGUCAAAAUGUUAAGGAUUUUGGUUUUGAUAUGAAACAAAAGUAUUUGAACUAUAAAAUGUAAGCUUUUUAUAUCAUACAUUGUGCAGAAGAAAGGUUCAAAUUAUCAAUUUUUUGAAGAAUUUUAAAUAGGAAUUUGAUACAUUGAUUGAAUUGGUGAUACAUUGACUGAAUUAUUGAUGACUUCUUCUAAAAGAAAUGUUUCUCUGUUUUGGUUUAAUUUCUACAAAUCAUGAUCAGUUGAUUAAAUUUAUCUAAUAGUCUUGCAUUGAUUGCAUACAGUGACUUGUGCAUAUUUAAUGAGGGGAUUAUGAAUAUUUAAAUAAGAUGCAAUUUUAUAAAGUACAUUUUCAUAAGAUGAUUAAGACUAAGUUUAUGUUGUGAAUUGAAAUUAAUGAAAAAAGUAUAUAGAUAUUGAAAAAGUCUUUGCAAAUAUCCCCAAGAUUUUCAUGUUUGUGUAAAAUGCUGUUUAGCCUGAAUCAAAUGAAUUGAAAGCUUUCUUACAUUGAGUGUAUAAAAUAUGCAAAACUGCCACCAUUUCCAAAAAGUAAGUGAUAAUUAUAAAAAAUAUAAUUUCCUUUGCAAGUAUCUUGGUGAAAGCCCAAUAUUUACAUGAUAAGAUAUUAAUGAAUGCAGCAGUGAAACUGGAUAUAAAAGAUGAAAAGAGCAAAUCAUUGAGAUUUUAAGAUUACGGAGCAAUAUGGCUGUCAUGCAUAAUUAACAACAUCUUAGUGAUUAUAUCUGCCGAACUACUUCUGUACCUUAUGUUGGGUUUUUACAGUACAGAGAUGACAGCAUAAGACCUUGGUCAUUGUCUUAGAACUGUCAUAUGUGAAAUGAUUGUCGAUUGCGAUUAGUGCGAUAAAUUGGACAUAAUUGAAUUUUUUACCAUUAUAAAGGGUGUGAAUUGGUUGAUGCUGGAUGUAUGUAAUUGGGUGAAUAAAAAAUGAGUUCACAUAAAAGAAGUAGUGUAAAUGGCAUAAAAAAGUCAGACAACCGUCAUCAAAGAUCUCUUGAUUCAAUGGAUAAUCUUCGUAAUGGUAACAAAAGUCAUGGAAAUCACCAUGGAAUGUUCAAAAAUGGAAAUGGUAGCAAUGAAAAUAGUAGAAAUGGAAAUAGUAGAAAUGAAAGAAAGGGGCGAAGUGGAAAAUCAAAUGAGACACACCAUGGAAAUAGAGUAGACAGUCAUAAGGCUGUUUCAAAAUAUGGAAGAAGUGAUGACACAAGAACCAGUAGAAAUUCUGAUAAAAGUGGACAAAGCCGGCGAGUGAGUCGAUGCAGCUCUGUAAAUUCACAGGAGUCUGCUUUUCAGGAGUUUCGCCGCAGUCACAAAGUAAAUGACAGCCAAAGAUUGGAUUCCAUUUUAUGUGUGAGAGAUGGUAUGAAUUUUGCAGAAACUAACAAAGCUAUUAACUACCGUACAGAUUUAGAUGGUAGUUAUCUAGGACCUGACCUUACUAACUUUCCUUCAAAAGAAAAAGAUCUAGAAACUAAUGGAUUUGAGCCCUACAUGAGUUUACAUGGAACAAAUGGGCACAAAAAUGGUCAGAGAUUUGCUAGAGAUAUAAAACUAGGUGCUAGAGAUGAAAAAUCUCAUAAUUAUAAUUUAAGCUUUGAUAAAAUGGAUUUUGAUUUGGAUCAAAUAAGAAAUAGAGAGUAUCAUGUGUAUACAGUGGCCAGUCAGAAUGAACAAAAGGGAGACUACUCUAAACACUUUACGAAUGGUGCUGAUAAAUCUCACGCACAUGUGUCUGAAAAAGAUGGAAUAUACAAAAUGCCUCAAAAAGAAUCUGUUAAAAGUUCUUUUGAGAGACCUAGAGCAAAGUCUGACCUAGAAUAUGGUCAUUUGGAUGUUAUGUUUAAGCAUGUAAAAAAUGAUCAUUUUCAAAUGGUGCUUGUUGCGGAUGAAAUGAAGGAGAGAAGAAAAAGAGAUCAAGAGAUUAACACUAGAACAAAUAGAUCAGUUGAUAAUGUAACACAACAGAAUAGAACCUCAAUACAUGAUAGGGAAAGUAGGGUUCAAAUGUUGGAGCAUAAAGAAAUGGUAAGAUUCUGGUAAUGGAAAUAGAUUUAUAAUUAUGUAAAAACAAGAAUCCUAUGAAAAUUGAAGGAAAUGGUGAUUACAUACUUGUCCCCAUAGAAUUAGAAAGCUGAAUUGAAAAGGACCUCACAAAUAAAUUUUUAUUACUUUAAAAAAACAGGAUGCAUUUGUAUCACUAUUAAAUGUAUAAUAUUGUUGUGUCUUAGAUUGUACCUUUAGUUUUAAGAAUUAAAGUCUGUUUAAUUUCAAAUUCUCAAAUUUUAUUCUACUUUGAAACUGAAAUUUCUUCAGCAUAACAGUAAAGAACAAGAAGAAGCUAACAUAUGAAGAAUUAAUUUUUUUUCUUCCCUGUA